UCGCAAAGCGGCGUCAUAAGGUGUCCUUGGGCUUUUACCGAACAACAACUACAUUCGGACAGAGGUUUUCGGCUCGCCGAGAAACUUGGAAAAGCGACCGCAGAUCCGAAAGUCGCUUACGAGUUCCUCAAAACAAUCGAUGCGAAAAAGCUUAUAGAAACUGAACGGAAGUUUCUCUUGACGGAAUCAGAGCGUAAACAAUUCAGCUUUAUAUUUACACCCUCUUUGGAUCACGAAUCAUCGAAUCCAUUUUUCCCGGAAGAUCCAGAGACGUUUAUGUGCCGCGAGGUUAAAGUACCAUUUCUUUUAGGUUUUACCAGUUGCGAGGGAUCUAUUCUGAUAUGUAGUGACUUUAACGGACACAUAAGCAAAGAGGAUCUUGAAGCAGUCAAUUCCGAUUUCAAGAAAACUAUAUUACCCAGAUGUUUAUCUACAUUAUCAAAAAUAUCAAUCACAAUCGAAGAAUUGAAAUCUUUAUAUUUUGGUGACAAAGCAGUGUCAGAGGAAACUCUAAUAAAUUACGUUAAUUUUAUCAGCGAUGAAUUCGUCUGUCGUAGCAUAAUGGAAGUGGUGGAUAUUCAGACAAAAUUGAAUAAUAAUGAUAACAAAGCGACGUAUCUGUAUCAAUUUUCAUAUGAGAGUGAAAAUAAUCCCUUGAGAAAAAUAGUUAAAGUUCAGACUCCAGGUGUGACUCAUAGCGAGGAAUUGGCGUACUUAUUUCAUCCUUAUAUGAUAAGAAAUUUGGGCUUAUCAGCACCUGCAGUUGAUUCGGAAGACUAUAAGAUGAUAAAUUGUUUAACGCAAAUGUGGACAGAUUUUGCUAAAACAGGAAAUCCAACGCCUACUACAAAUUUGUGGUUGUCAGUGACUGAUUCACAAAGCGGAAAAUACAAUUAUCUGAAUAUCGAUACAAACUCGCAAAUAAAGGUCUUCCGUAAAGGAGAAGAAAGAUGGGAUUGGGAAAAGAAGAAAAAUAAGUUACGGCGCUAAAAUUUUAUCUAUUAUACGUUAAAAUUAGGUUUCUCCGGGUACCUUUUGCGUUUAUAAAUAUUCUUAUUUUUCAAAGAUAUUUUAUAUAACGGAAUGUGGGCACUAUUAUUAUUCCCCUUAAGUACAGGAUAGGUUUUAGUUAGUAGAAAUAAGGAGACUAUAAUGUUUUUUAAACUAUGACUUAUUAAAAUCAAGAAAUUUUA